CACGCCCGAGUGUGAGGCUCAUGUUGAGGUUCGAAGCUCGACAACCACAGCAACACACUCGAGGACAGGAAGGGGCGCGUGAACCGGACGGACGCUGACGUCACAUCCUCAGGCUGAGACCGGGGAAAGCGGUUUCCUGAAGUGAACUCCUCGGUGUCCGGCUCCUCUCCCGGCUCCUCCUGCCAUGGCUCCCGCCGCUCCUGAAGCCUGAAGCCCGGGAUCAGUCGCUCUUCACUGCAGUUCGGUUGGUGGCGUCAGGAUGAGUUCGGACCGAGAGACGGCGGAGCAGUGCGAGGCUCCAGAUUCCAGUAAGGUCAAGACCCUCCACACGGCCGGUGUUCCUGGGAGUGGCAUGGACCUGGAGCCAGCGGCUCCGGACAGUCAGGCGACGGCGCUGGCCGCAGACGGCUUCUUCUCCCUGAGCCACUCGGACUCGGCCUCGCUGUCCUCCUUCUCCUUGGACACGCCGUCUCUCCCCAGGAAAAACCACGCUCAGGAUGACACGGACUCUCUGGUGUCCACGGGGACACUGGUGCCUGAAGCCAUCUACCUUCCUCCUGCUGGGCAUCGGCUGGUCCCCUACAGCGACUGGGACUCGCUCCACAUGCAGGUGUCGGACUUGCGAGAGGAGGCGGGGCGUCUCCUGGCAGAGAAGCAGGAACUGGAGAAGGAGCUAGACGUGCAGGCCGACCGCACUCGCACGCAGGUCUCCAUGCUGCAGGCCCAGGUCCACAACUCCGAGUCGCUGCUGCAGGACUUGCACAAGUCCUUAGCCCAGUCGCAGAAGGCAGUGCAGAUCCGCCUGGCCGAGCUGUCGGUCUCGCAGAAGAAGCUGUGCACGGAGCUCUGCCGGCUGAAGGGGGAGGAAGUCGAGCAGGAGGAGGGGGAGUCCGGCGCCAGCUUGGCUGAACAACUGCAGGUGGCGCACUCCGAAGAGCGGCUGCGCAUCGAGAUCGUGACCCUGCAGGAGCAGCUAGACGUGCGGGCGGAGGAGAACGAGGUUCUGGAGGUGCAGUUUUCCAGCCUGAGGACGGAGACCGAGCGUAUCCAGGCCCAGAGAGACAAGCUGCAGUCCGACCUGCUCUCCUGCCGCACUGAGCUGGAGGGCCUGCGGGUGGCGCUGUCUCACAUCCAGAACCACAACAGGACGCUGGCCAGCGACAAGGCGGCGCUGCAGCAGCAAAGUCUGGAGCUACGCAGUCAGGUCAUCAGCCUGCGGUCGCAGGUCGACACCAGCCAGACGGUGCAGAGGGACUUCGUCCAGCUCUCACAGUCCCUGCAGGUGAAGCUGGAGCUGGUGCGGCAGGCGGAGACUCUCGAGCAAAUCCGAGAGAUCCUAGAGGCGGUCGACCAGCGAGCCACACCCCCUGCUGGUGACCCGCUCCCCCAGUGACGUCCACUGACCCAAGUAUUUGAGUGAACUGUGAACUCUGGAGCGUCCCGUCUCCUGUGAAGCUACGAUAAACACAUGAGUCCGAGUCCCGUCCUUGGUGGUGGUGACUGACCAACGCAGACUGGAGGUUCACAAUGACAUGUCUUUAUUCUUUAAGAAUAAAAUCAACACUGGCGUUUGA